AUGAGGUUCGGAAGUUCAAAAUGAGGCCCACUUUGUUUCGGAAAGCCGUUGUGUCGUCCGAGCCUCCGCCGAAUCUGAUCCCAAGCUUUAAUUUCUCUUCUCCAGCUUUCCAAUUGUGCUUCCUUCUUCUUCUCGCAGUCUUUCCGAAAAGAGAUUCUUAAAGAUAGGAUCCAGAGAGAGAGACAGAGGGUUGUGGAGAUCCGUUGUUUUGAAGUGUCGACAAGAUCUUCUACUUUGUUAUCUUUCUUGAAACUUGAAACCUAGUUGGGUUGUGUCCAAAAAUCUUGUCUUCUUGAGAAAUUUGGUGUUCUGUAGCAACCAUGAAAAAUGGGGAUGGGCAUACAAAGAAGGUAUCUUUAGGGAGCAUGGUGAGAAAGAGGCUCUCCGACAUCACCAAUUCUAAAUCUCCGGUGCCCGAUCUUAAGCUGUCGUCAACUGACGUUUGCUCCGAUAAAGAUCAUAUCGAAAAACUUCUAAAGGAAAAUCUUGCAUUAACAAAGAUUAUUGAAGAAAAGAAUAAAAUAAUAGAAUUAUCUGGAAAUGUGUUGCGUAAAUUGAAGGAAAAUCUUCAAAAGAUUCAGAUGCAGAACUGGAACCUGGCAUUGACAAACAGCAACAUGUUAGCGGAGCUUAAUCUGGGGAAGGACAAGCUGAAAACAUUAAAUCACGAGAUUGCUUGCAAGAAUGCUGUGAUUAAAACAAAGAAUUUGGAAAUUAAGGAAAUGGUAAAGACUAACAAAACCCUAAAGAGCCGCAGCUAUCAGCAUGUGGAAGAGGAAACCAUAGUAGUGAAUAAAUGUGAUGAAAAAGAAGACAGAGUCAAAAGCCUCAAAUUAGUAGGACGUCCCACUAGAAGGAGAAGCCAAUCUAUGGGCUCUUUACUUGCUAAAGAAAUUAUGGAGAUACCUGAAAACAAAAGACGUUGCUUGAAAAGGCGAUCAUCUGCGAGGUUUAAAUCCAGAGAGCAGGGAGAAGAAUUAAAAGAAGAAGAUGAAGAUGAAGAAGAAGAAGGUCCUAAUGUUAACAAUUGUCCAAUGUAUGAAGAAAAAGAAAAAGAUGAUUCAAGUUUGAUGAUUUCAAACGAAAGAAAGAAUGAUGAAAAAGAAGAAGAUGAUUCAAGUUUGAUGGUUUCAAGUGAAAGAAAGAACGACGGUGGAGGAUCAGACAGAAGAAGAAGAAGUAGUUCAAUGGGAAUUAGGCCAUUGCGAAAAGCGACGGAGAAGGUGCAUUCUUACAGGGAGAUUCCCAUUAACAUAAAGAUGAGGAGAUGAUGAUUGAUAUGAAUUCCCAUUAACAUAAAGAUGAGGAGAUGAUGAUUGAUAUGAAUGAAGAAGAAGAAGAAGAAAGUUACAUUGCUGUCUUUUGUGUAUGGUUUUGCUAAUUCUGAUAUGUGUUUUGUUUGUUUGUUUGUUUGAAGAAUAGUAAAUGACCCCUUAUUAUCAUUCAUAUUCUAUGUUACUUUUGUAUGUUUUCUUCACAAGACUAAAUUUGAAUCAACAAUAAUAGCAUUUUAAUUAUAUUAUUCAUUGUUUCUA